AUGACCGAUUCUGUUAAUGCGGGAAGUAAUUACGAACAAAGCCAGCAAGAGAUGGAAAGUGGCGAAGUGGAAAUUGUAGAUUCUGGUCAGGUUAUUGAUGAACUGGAUGAAGCACUGAUGCAAAUUGGGGAUGCCACUGGCAGUGAACACGGAGAAUAUGAUGAAAGGAUACAAGAGCAAGGAAAACAAGAUGAUACAGUACAGCAAGAUGUCGGCCUACAUAUGAGCGUUAGCGAAGAAGUAAUUGUUGAAACGGAAGAAAGCCGUCCAGCAAUGUCUCCAACUCCCGGAAGUGAUGUAGGCGAUAUGGAAGAAUGUAUAAAUGAUGAGGAUGGUCUAUAUAGCGACGAUGAAGAUCACUCAGAUAUGUUUGCUGAUCGAGAAGUUGAUCAAGUUAUCAGGGAUCCGGUGACUGGAGAGAUAAGUCUGACAAUGGAUUUGGAAGAUCUUGUAUCUCGGACGAUAACUUUUGAUAAUGGUGAAAGAAUUAUCUUAUGUUUUUCAAAGCGAUGUCGUCCACAAAUCGCCUGGAAUGGACACCUUUAUGUUGCUGCAUCUGAUUUGAGUGAAAUCAGUUAUACAAAAUGGCGUUGUGUAAAUGAAGGAUGUCCUGGGGCUUUACGGACAUCUCCUGGAUUGACAGAACUACGUUCUUCUGGACAUCAUCAUUUAACUAUAUGUAAACCGGAUGAUUUGCAAGUGCGGCUUCGCAUUGUUAUUUACGAUCUGCGUCUGAUGGCGGAAUUUACAGAUGAUCCACUAGAAGAUCUUUACAGUCAUUUUGUCGAAAAACUAGCCGCUGAAAAUCCGGAUGUUUUGGCCUUAUUUCCUCCUUUGAAUACACUAGUAAAAAGAUUGACAAAACAUCGAGAAUACAAGGUAUAUCGUCGGCGAUUUGAAUAUGAAAAAAUAAUGGCGGAGCGACGUCGUGGUUUGCAUUCCAAAGAUUGCGCCCCUGCAAUGCUUCGAAGAAUGCGUCCAUUCCCACCGUCAGUAUGUAUCGAAUGCGGUAUAUCAAUUGUAACUGAUGCGGACACUACAUCCCAGGAGAAUUUUGUGGAUCAUGUAUCGCAGGAUCAUCAACGAGAGGCGACGUGUCAAUAUUAUUCGUUUCCUGGAGUACACCUUUUCGAGCAAUGGAUGCGUGAGCUUCAACAACGCAGUCGAUACAAAAUUCGGCGUUUUUCAAUGCAUAAUGAAAGCUUAUUUUUUCUCUGUGCUGCAGACGACCGCUGGUGCCGAACAUAUGGAGUUAAUUCUGAUGGUCUUCAUUGUACUGCAUUUGUUCGAGUAUACGAUUACCGAAGAGUUUCGCGACAGGAAACUCGAGUUUUGCGAAUACAGUACUGUCUGGAUCAUAAUUUCCAUAGCGAUGAGGAUGCAACAGUUGAUGCUCCAUUCACUCCUGAAAUUUUCAUGCAUGAAGUGGAAGAGAGACGUUUACGAACUGCUGGAAUGGUGAAAAGUCAUGCACAACGCGCGCGUCUUUUGAGACGAAGAGGUGAAAUAGGAAGUGAAAUCAUGUCAGAGAAUGGCGGUGUGUGGUCUGAAGAGGGAGUAAGAGAAGAUGAUUCAAAUUUGCAAGAAUUAGAUGCCUACGCAACUGAUGUCGUCAAACGCCCACCUCAUGUACGAAAUGAUGAUUCUGCAUCAGUGGUUGAAUUUACUGAAGGACCUGAUACUGCACACGACGGACAAGAAGAUGCAGUUGGUGGCGAAGGCGAACGAAAUGUUGAUUAUGGUAUCGAAGGCAGUGAGGAGGGUGUUGAACAAGAGGAACAAGUAGAAAAAAAUGCAGUAUCAAAACUAAAGCGGAUAAACUUGCAAAGACCAAGAUUUAUAGGAAGAAAUACUUUUUUCCGAUAUGGACAACAAAAUGUUGGUCAGCACUUCACAUAUGGCAGAACUAUCAAAUCAGACUACGAUGAGAAGCGAGAGGUAGCAAAUUUGGUCGAACAGUGCAAUCGUCGUGUUAGUGAAAGCCGUUCAAUACGUUCAAUUGAAAGCAGAGAAAUUCAAGGUGUUGGUGGCCCGGGCCAGCCUCAUUAUGUUACUCAUCGAUCGAAUUUUUCCAGCUAUACACUUUAUAACUUGGUCAUGCAAAUUGAAUUACAGUGCGAGCUUUUCAAAGAACGAGCUCAGUCUUUAAAGCAUAUUGUGGCAGCGAAAAAAUAUUUGAAAUAUCUCACAUCACUUUGCGAUACUAUUGCUACUGAUCCAGACUGCAAUAAAUCUGUAGAAGAACUGGCCGCUGAAAUUUUUGAUUUAAAAGAAAUUGUAAAUAGUGGCAUAGUAGUUACCAAGCAAACGAGCUUGCUUCCAACAUUAAGUUUUGGAAGCGGCGAUGAAGGUAGUUCAGCACAGCAGCGCGAUGGAAAAAGUGAAUCAGAGACGCAGCCGCUUAUCUUUCUUCCAGUAGUACCUGCAAGGAGCACUCCCGAAGCAUUAGAAAAAAUGACGGUUGAUGAGGAAGCAGAAAUGGAUGUCACAGAACAGUCUGAAACAACGGAUACACAAUCGAAUUUGAGAAGAUCAAAACGUGGAAAAGGAAAGGAAGAACCUGACACACCUUUCGAAAUAAAGGCAGGAAGAAAAGCUCCUUUAAUUGUAGUUCCAAAAGCAGAAACAUCCAUAAGGGAGCCAUAUCAAACAAGAAGAAGUCGCGGUGUCGUAAAGCCGAACACCAAGGGAGUUUUUGAUAAAACGACAUAUGUUGGAGGAGCGGAGGCAACUUCAGCGGAAGGAGAUGAAUCAACGAAAUCUCCAGAAUCCCGAGGAGCUUACACACUGAGACGAAUACCAUUCAGUGGACAAAACUCAAAGUUGAAACUGGCUGGACGUACCAUGCAGCUUGGUACCGAUCCGGAAGAACUGACCGGAAAGCCGAUGACUUUAAGAACUGCAGCUGGAAAUCUGGUCACAGUUAUGCGGCGAUUUGAUGGCCGUUUAAUUAUGGUUUCACCUCGAGCAUUAGUUCAGAAAGAAUCGAAAACUCCCGCUACUGAAGAAACUCAGAGGGAAACAAGAUCGAGAAGUGCACGAAAUGCAGCAUUCGGCAAAAAGACACCAAAACCAGAACAAAUAAAGGAAGACGAAGAUGAAGAAGAAGGAAAGGAAACGAAAUCACAAAGGACAACAAGAUCCUCAGAAAGACGUUCAGUUUACUCAAAAUAUUUAAAGAAAGAUAAAGAUCGGCGUGAUGAGAAAAGCGCUAAUUCAAAUUUGUCAGAAAGAGGAAAAGGGAGAGAUAUAGGAAGUGAAAAAACAAAUUUGGAAGAAGCGGAAUAUAGCAAACAGGAAACCACACUUGAAGUAGAAACUAGUUCGAAAAAAUUUGUAAGAAAGCAAUUAAGUGAAAAUGAUGUAAUCGUUAUGGAUGAUGAAACAUUCUCAGCUGUUGUAAAAGAUAUAAGCAUGGGAAGUCCGUCUAAAUCUGUUGGUGGAAAUGAAAGCCGACGAAGUCGAGCAAAGAAAAAGGAUGAAGAAGAAGAGCCAAUAGGAUUGGUUAUUGAUGCAUCCAGGUCGAAUAAAGCAGAGGAGAGUAGAAAAUAA